AUGGCGAGCGUGUGGGCGUGGGCGUGGGCGGUGGUGCUGAGCGUGGGCGGCCUCGCAGGAGCUCUGCAGCCGCGAUGCGAGGAGAUAACCAUCCCCAUGUGCCGGGGCAUCGGCUACAAUCUCACAUCCUUUCCCAAUGCGUUGGACCACGACACUCAGGAGGAGGCCGGUCUCGAGGUGCAUCAGUACUGGCCUCUGGUGGAAAUCAAGUGUUCGGCCGAUCUGAAGUUCUUUCUGUGCUCCGUGUAUACGCCUAUAUGCAUCGAGGACUAUGCGAAGCCUUUGCCGGCGUGCCGGAGCGUGUGCGAGCGAGCCCGCGCCGGCUGCGCGCCUCUCAUGCAGAAGUAUGGCUUCCAGUGGCCCGAGAGGAUGGCCUGCGAGAAACUUCCUCGCCUGGGAGACCCCGACCACCUGUGCAUGGAGGAAAACGACCGCGCGCAAGAACCGGAACCGCCGCGGCCUCCGCCAAGGCGACCUUACAAAAACCACUGUAAAGAUCCAAAAAACUGCGAAAGCGGCCCGGCUGCAAGCCCGGGCGAGGGCGCAAGCGAGGAGUGCGCGUGCGCCUGCCGCCCGCCCCUGGUGAGCGUGCGGGCGCUGCACAACGUAAGCGGCGCCGCCAACGCGGGCGGCGUGCCGGCCUGCGCGCUGCCGUGCCGCGGCGCAUUCUUCACGCGCGAAGAGAAGGAGUUCGCGGCGGUGUGGGUGGCGCUGUGGGGAGGCCUGUGCGCGGCCUCCACGCUCAUGACGCUCACGACCUUCGUGAUUGACUCGCAGCGCUUCAAGUACCCCGAGAGGCCAAUCGUCUACCUCUCCGUUUGUUACUUCAUGGUGGCGCUGGGCUAUCUGGCGCGCCUCGCCGUCGGCCACGACGAGAUCGCUUGCGACGGUGCCCUCCUGAAGACUUCCUCGAACGGGCCCAGCGCGUGCACCCUCGUCUUCAUACUCGUCUACUUCUUUGGCAUGUCCUCGUCGAUCUGGUGGGUGGUGCUGUCUUUCGCCUGGUUCCUUGCCGCCGGCCUCAAAUGGGGCAACGAAGCGAUCGCGGGACACGCGCAGUACUACCAUUUGGCGGCCUGGUUGAUCCCGGCGGCAAAGACGGUCGCCGUACUGCUCGCGGGCGCUGUUGACGGCGAUCCGGUAGCCGGCAUCUGCUACGUGGGGAACACGUCUUCGGAAAACCUGAAGCGAUACGUCCUGGCGCCCCUCAUAGUGUACUUCGCUCUCGGCGCGACCUUUCUUCUCGCCGGUUUCGUGUCUCUCUUCCGGAUACGGUCGGUGAUCAAGCGCCAGGGCGGCAUCGGCGCCGGCUCUAAGGCGGACAAGCUCGAGAAGCUGAUGAUCCGAAUCGGCGUGUUCAGCGUGCUGUACGCGGUGCCCGCCGGCGUCGUGAUCGGCUGCUUCGCGUACGAGGCGGGCGGAAGAGAGGAGUGGCUGAAGCGGGUCGCGUGCGGGCCGGCGUGCGGCGGCAAACCGAUGUACUCGGCGCUAAUGCUCAAGUACUUUAUGGCGCUCGCCGUUGGGAUCACGUCGGGCGUGUGGAUCUGGUCGGGCAAGACGCUGGACUCUUGGCGGCGCGUGUGGCGCGGAGGACGCGCGCCGGCGGGCGCUCACCGUGCGCUCGUCAAGGGCGCCGUGUGA